AUGUCUCAGAGUGAUCAAAGCAAAGGUGAAAACAACUUGCCGCUGAGAGAUAAUGUGCCUGCUUUGUUGUACGUUCCAUCAUGGACAGCUCCAGGCUGGAAGGACGACGCAGACGCUCGCAAUGCCACAGAUUUUGCUGUUCAUGAUCCUGUAAAGGAUGUCCUAAGACCAACGAUGCUAGAUACAGACAAGGCAAAGAAUCCCACCAAAGAUUCCGUAAGAUUUGGCAUAUUUCCAGGUCGUUCUGAUGGACGGUCAUGUACCUCACCAACCCGAUCGGCAGAGCGAUUAAUGGCGAUGCGAGAUGAAUCUGGCGGUAGCUUGACCGGAAGAGGCCUUGCCGGCAAAAUUGAAGAGCAGGCGCAAAGAAGAGGACUCCAUAUUGACGAUUAUCUGACUUCUCAAUCUUCCAACGCCACGCUGAAUGAUGGGCCUCAAGAACGCGAGUAUAUAAAAGCAUUUGACGAACUUCUAAUCGAAGAGUUUUGGCAAGGAUGCCUCUUCGGAGACAUGACUAUGGAUGAGCUUUUGGGUGGAAACUAUUUCGAGAUUGGUGACUUUCAGAGCAAUCUUAGUGGACCAAUAGACAGCUUAUUCUCUCGGGGAAAAUGGGACCAGUCUCCUUUUGGUGUUGCAGACGUCAGUAACGUAUCUUUUCGCCUUGACGGAAAAUGCCUUGAUAUGGAAGUCGAGCGGAAUGAUGUGGUCUGGAACUGCCUUCAGCCUGCCCUUCAGAUGGCAACCAGGCUGUUUUGUCAGGAUGAUCCUUUCUUCAAAGCAAUUCUUGACGUAGGCAACUGGUAUAAGACCCCGUCGACUACAGACUCAAAUCCCCGGAAGACGAGAGCACCAAACUUCAAGAUUGAGUUUCAAAAAGACAAUAGUGAAGCCAUAGGCUAUCAACACAAAGUCAAACCUUCUGCAACAUUUAACCCAUUGGAGCUCACCUUUCAAGCUUUGGAGAGCAGAUUGAAAUGGCGAAUUGCCAGUGCUCAUUACGAUGUCAAAUCCCCUAUGGGAAAGUUUGACGCCGAGACGGCUUUUGCUGUGACACGAUUCGAGCUCUCCAAUACUAACAGUUCGAUUUGUAUUGAUCUUGCUGCAGAAGUUAUUUGGUAG